AUGACUGAAAUUAACGCUGAGACUGGCCAGGACUACACUUUGUAUAAAUUAGAAAGUUGUGGUUCUGAAAGAUUUUUGAAAAUAUUGCCGGAAUAUGUCGACAAUAUUUUUUCGCCAAAAUUUACGCAAUCAUUAUUUACGACGGAGAUUUAUCAUAUAACCGGCGAUGGCGCCGAUGGAGGUGUUGUAUAUAGUGAAAUGUAUGGGAAAGAAUUAAACGCCGAAUUAAUAGUGGAUAGAAAAAGGCGUGAAUUGAUGCACUGUACAAGUAAAUGUGGGUAUGCAGUCGAUACAGGAGGAAGAGUGGAAAAUAUAAGAAAUGAAGCCAACAUUCGUUCUAUAAUUGAUUACCAUGGAAAAAACUACCAUAUUAGUAACUCGGUAAUUUUAUUAUAA